UUUACAACAAUGUUAUACAUUCAUUCUAACCUUUAAUUCUUUUUCUAAACAUCAAUGUUAACUUGAUAGUGAUAAUAUUUUCUACUUGUAGAAAGUUUUCAUUAAAAUAAUUUAAAUAAAUUCAUUGCAUUUUAUUAUAUUAGUAUUAGAUUAUUAUCGGAAGUGUAUAUAAAAAUGCCUACUAUUAAUAUCAAACGUGACUCGUUAUUUAAAAUCCUUGGUAAAACAUAUUCGGAUAUCGACUUUCAAGAUUUAUGUUUCAAGUUUGGCUUAGAAUUAGAUGAAGUGGUAACAGAAAAACAAAUUAUAUCAAAAGAACAACAUUUAAAUCAUAAUAGACAAGAUUUAGAGGAAGUUAUAUAUAAAAUUGAUAUACCAGCAAACAGAUAUGAUUUAUUAUGCUUAGAGGGUUUAACUCUUGGACUUCUUAUAUUUUUAAAUCAAAUUGAUAUACCACGAUAUAUGACAAUACUUCCUAAUACAAAUAUAGAAAAAAUUAUAAUGACAAAACAGUGCUUGGAAAUUAGAGGACACAUUGUUGCAGCUAUAUUACGUGAUGUUACAUUUACAGAGGAUUCUUAUAAUAGUUUUAUUGAUCUUCAAGAAAAAUUACAUCAAAAUAUAGGCAGAAAAAGAACUUUAGUAUCAAUUGGAACUCAUGACUUAGAUACUAUUAAAGGUCCAUUUUUAUAUGAUGCAAGAUCACCAACUAAUAUUUGUUUUAAGCCACUUAAUCAAGAUAAAGAAUAUACAGCAGAAGGAAUUAUGAAUUUAUAUAGUAAUCAUGCACAAUUAAAACAGUAUUUACACAUUAUAAAAGAUAGUGCAGUUUAUCCUAUAGUAGAAGACAGUAAUGGAGUCAUUUUAUCCCUUCCACCUAUCAUCAAUGGAGAUCAUUCAAAGAUUACACUUGAUACUAAAAAUAUAUUAAUAGAAUGUACUGCAAUAGAUUUAACAAAGGCAGAAGUAGUAUUAAAUACCAUAGUCUGUGCUUUUAGUCAAUACUGUAAAACAAAAUAUACAAUAGAAAUGGUGGAAGUCUUGUAUCCUAAUGGACAAGUUUUUCAUUAUCCUGAUUUAAAAUAUCGAACUAUAGAAAUUGAUUGUGAAAAAGCAAUGAAAUAUAUUGGUAUAAAACAAACUGCAGAAGAAUUAGUUAACUUACUUUCUAGAAUGUCUUUAAAAACAUCUAUUAAAAAUGGUAAUAAAUUAAGCAUUGAAGUGCCACCUACAAGACAUGAUGUGUUGCAUGCAUGUGAUAUUUAUGAAGAUAUUGCUAUAGCAUAUGGAUAUAACAAAAUUCAGAAAACUAUACCAUAUUUAUUUACUAUAGCGGAAGAGUGUCCACUUAAUAAACUGUCUGAUCAACUUCGUACAGAAUUGGCUUAUGCUGGAUUCACAGAAGCACUGACUUUCUCAUUAUGUUCACGUGAAGAUAUAUCAAAUAAAUUAGGUCAUAAUUUGAUAAACGUACCAGCUGUUCAUAUAUUGAAUCCUAAAACAUUAGAAUUUCAGGUUGCACGUACUACUUUGAUACCAGGAUUAUUGAAAACAUUAGCUGCAAAUAAAAAGAUGCCACUUCCUCAAAAAUUAUUUGAAGUAUCUGAUAUUAUAUUAAAAGAUAAUAAUAUGGAAGUUGGUGCACGUAAUAAUCGACAUUUAUGCGCAAUAUAUUGUAAUAAAUCUGAUGGUUUUGAACUAAUUCAUGGUUUAUUGGACAGAAUAUUACAAAUAUUAGAAGUACCGUGGAAUGAUAAUGAAACAAAAAAUGGAUAUUAUCUUCGUGCCGUCGAUGAUCCUACUUUUUUUCCUCAUCGUUGCGCGGAAAUAUUAUGUUAU